GUAGAAAACACUAUUUUUCAAAAAUAUAACUCAAAACUCUCGUAUUGCAGCAUUUCCACUUCUUGUUCCAUUCAAAACCAUUAGGGCCCAACAAAUAUUUAACAAACAAUUCUUUUACUUAUAAAAAACGUUAAAAGAAGUCAUACCGUUAUCUUUUCGCUGAAAUGGCAUUUUCCAAACAUAUCAAAAUUUCAUUUUGACUGCGACCAAAUUACGAGGACCGGGAACAGAGCUAAAUAAAUGAAUUUCAAACAUACGGUUCACACGAUGCAAGUUUUUAAAAUCAAAGGCCUUUCAGCUUCUCGCGUCUGUGCUUUUUAAAUACACCUGGAAGUGGAUCAAGUUUUUAAAACCAAAGGCCGAUCAACGUAAGAACAUUUUCUUUUGCAGACUGCAGUAACUGUGCAGUGUUCAUGGCGGCGGUAAAGAAAGAGCCGGUAGUAGUACCCCUGAAGCUGUUGAUAGAUGAGAAGAAUAAUCGAGUACUGGCUGCGGAGGCUAGCAAGGACUUCGUUGAAAUACUCUUCAGCUUUCUCACCUUCCCAAUGGGAACCAUCAUCAGACUCAUCACCUCUGCAAAGGAUGAACCCACAGCUUCUGUAACAAUAGGGUGCAUGAACAAGCUGUACACGGGUAUUCAAAACCUCAGCAGCGAGUACUGGCAGACAGAGUACUGCAAGAACAUGCUUCUCAAUCCAAGAAAUCACCUUGCCCAAUAUAAUACUGCAAGAAGUUGAAGAUUAACAUUGAUGAUUCUGGGUCCGAAUACUCUUACACCUGUGGCUACACGGCCUGUCCCUAUCAUAGCAUGUACAGAAAUGUUAGGUGCUUAUGUGGAAGGGGGAUGACCACACAAGAGAAGCCGUCAGUUGAUUCCAGCUCCUCAAGUAAUCAGGGUGCAGCCUUUCUGAUGGGGGGAAUAGAGUUCUUAAUCAGUGACGAUUUACAGGUCAGGCCUGCCUCUCCGGCAGUUCUUGCUGAACUUAUACCCGACCUCGGUUCAGGAGAUUGCAGUGCAAUGCCAAUAAGGGAGAUGCAUCUUGAUGUUUCCAAGGCUCAGGUAAUGUAUCACCGAUAAAUUUGAUAACCAUCUAUGUAGCAGGGAAACUCUUGGGAAGGAGUAUGUUUCCGUUUUGAAAACUCUAAGAAAAGUUUUCAAAAACUUUCCAAACAAAACAAGCAUUUUUUGAGCAAAAGUGACAAUUUCCUUUCUGCAAUUUUAUUGAAAACUCAUAUGGGAAGAUUGAAAUUCGUCAGAUUCUGUCUAAAUUGUCUGAAUCAAUGUGUCAUGGGCUAUUAUUUAGCCAGUAGGAUGCUACAUACGAAGUACUCCGUACCUAAUUAUAUACUGUUUGCAGGUAAUCUGUCUGCUAGCAUGUGCUCUGGUUUCGGAGUCUCCCUUAAGUGACGUCUUUCUGGCAAAACAGCAAGCGGGAUCCAGCAUAGCUGGAAUCCAAAUGAAGCAGCUGAAACUUGGAACUACUUUCUCAUCCUCACCAGCUGCUGUCCCAGUUAAGGAGAAUGGCCUUACCGUUAAGCUAAAAGUAACUUGCGUCAAGUCUUCAAAAGAGAUAUUGUUUGGUGAAGCGACAGAUGAGUUCUUUGAUUUCUUGGGCACCUUUCUAACCACUCCUAUAGGAUCAAUGAUAAGUGUUUUGGAAGGGAAGUCGGGAUUAACAUGUAUGGACAAUUUGUACAAGAGUGUGUCGGAUUUGAACCACAAAUGGUUUUGUUUGUCGGCUAAGAAAGACUUACUCAACCCCGGUAUUGCCAAUCAUCAUAACUGCAAAACGCAGCCUCUCACAUCUAUCAGUCCCGUAUCAUAUUCUGAUACUUAUUAUCUGAUCAACCCGAGGGGGAGGGAUAAUUUUGCUGUGGAACCAUCAGCGUUCUUGGUCCCGGAUGAUCUUAACGUGAAGCCUCUUUCGGGUGCUUCCAGUUUCCUCUUACUCAAGGGUUUGGGUAUCCCCUUCAGCCAGACCGAGGUGCAAUGGCUCACCGUGGGUACCAAAGAGGCUUUGAGCUUACUGAAGGCUGCUCUGACAUCACCAUCAUUUGCUCUUACAAGCGGCUUAGGUCCCCUUUUGCAGAAUCACACACCCUAAACAUAAACGUAGUAUGUCCUUUGGAGUAACUUCGCGAGAGCUUCAGUUUUUCAAAUGAAAACCUACCUUAGCAGUUCAGUAUGUUUUCACCAGCAUUUCCAUUGUCUAAAUAAUGCAAUUCAAGUACAUGUUUGCUCUCGGGCUGUGCUUUAUGUACUUCCAGUUCCAGCCCAACUCAACUUUGUUUCGAAUCCUGUA